AAUAUAUAUACUGGUAAUACAAGCUAGUGGUCGUGUGUUGUGCAGUACAUGGUACAUGUGAGUGUUUAUAUAUAUGACCUUUCAUACCCAAACACACAGACAUCCAGAGACAUAUGCAAACCUUCCCAGGGUUUCCAUUUCCAUUUCCUUCAUAGAAUGCUCCGUUCCUUUCUUAUCCCUUUUUGGGUACUCUCUGUUCUCAUGGUCCUUUCAUAAAGUUUUCUCAUCUCUUAACCAAGACUGGUAAGAGAGAGAGAGAUAGAGAGUUUAUUAGUGGGUGAGGGUGUUAAAAAAUGGGAAGAGGGAGGGUUCAGCUGAAGAGGAUAGAGAACAAAAUUAACAGGCAAGUGACCUUUUCCAAGAGAAGGAAUGGGCUCCUCAAGAAGGCUUAUGAGCUCUCGCUCCUCUGUGAUGCUGAGGUCGCUCUCAUCAUCUUCUCCAGCCGGGGCAAGCUUUACGAGUACUGUAGCAGCUCUAGCAUGAUGAAAACACUUGAAAGGUACCAAAAGUGCAGCUAUGGUGCUCAGCUCAACCCAAGCCGCUCAAUCGAUGAGACACAGAGCAGCUACCAGGAAUACUUGAGGCUGAAAGCAAGAGCUGAGGUCCUCCAGCAAUCUCAAAGGAACCUGCUUGGGGAAGAUUUGGGUUCACUCGACAGUAAAGAGCUUGAGCAUCUGGAGAGUCAACUGGAGAGUUCAUUGAAGAACAUUCGGUCGACAAAGACCCAGUCCAUGCUCGAUCAACUCUUUAAUCUUCAAAACAGGGUAUGGAUUAAUUAAUUAUCGACUAUUUUAGAAUGGAAGUCGGUUUCGCUUCCUUCCUUUCUUCUUCUCCUUGCUCAAUGUUGGAUGGUGCAUGUCUACUUAGGAGCAAGUGCUACUGGCGACCAACAAAGUCCUUAGCAGGAAGGUAUCGCACCUAAUUACACACCUUGCCUUCUGUUCAUGUUGCAGUAAUUUUCUCUUGAAUCUUUCCUGCUGUCCAUUUUGGCCAAGUAUUAAGGAGAAACUCAUGCUUUUUACUGAGUACUGUUGAAUGUUUCAGUUAAUUUAACCAGGCAUGGAGUUUCAUAGAGCUCAGAUAAUUAUGAGUUCUUGGAAUUGGGGGUAACACACUGUUCUUAGGGGCUGCAAAUGCAAAGUUACUGAUUAUUGCAAUGAAAAAUGGUUUCCUGCAAUCAAUUGAUGGAUUAAGAAACUAGGAUGGAUUCAAUUGAACAUGCAAACGAUAGCUUCUGUUAUAAUUUAUUGCUAUUUUAUCACCCUAAAUCUUGUUUCUUGUGCAGCAUUUUCCUCACACACGCAUGCGCACACACUCUCUCUAGAGUUGCCGAACUGCUCUUUGAAUAAA